AUGAAUUCAAAAAUUAAUGGAAUAACGGAUGAUAUAACAUCAAUUCCACCAGAAGAACAGAGAUAUUACGCAUUAAAUGCAUUUCCUAAAGUUUUGAAGAUUGGAAGAUUUAAUUUAAAUGAGGAAUUCAUAGAAGGUUUCCUAAAUGACAUAAUGAAGAAGGUGGAUAAGGAAUAUGUGGAUAGUGAGUUAAUGAAGAAAGCAGAUAAGGAAUACGUUAAUACUGAAUUAAAUAAGAAGGUAGAUAAGGAAUACGUUAAUACUGAAUUAAUGAAGAAGGUAGAUAAGGAAUACGUUAAUACUGAAUUAAAUAAGAAAGCAGAUUUAGUUUAUGUAAAUACCGAGUUAAAUAAGAAGGCAAAUUUGGUUUAUGUUGAUGAAAAAGAUAAUGAAAUUAAAGAAAAGGUUGAAGGGUAUCAUGAAUGGACAUUGAAGACUUUUAAAGUUAAAGCUGAUACAGAAUGGGUUUCAGGAUGUUUAGACCUUAAAGCAGAUAAAACUUAUGUUAACGAUGAGUUAGAGAAGAAAGCAGAUAAAACAUAUGUUAACAAUGAGUUAGAGAAGAAAGCAGAUAAGGAAAAAGUUAUUUCAUUCAUUAAUACUGAGUUAGCAAAGAAAGCUGAUAUAUCAUUU